UUUCCUUCCUUCCUUCCUCCCUCCCGAAAGUGUUACGUACAGUUAUGCUCCUGAUGAAUGUGACACCAAGUGCCUGCUGAUCCUGAUGACCAUUGAAAAACCUUCCAAACUUGCAUUUAUUUUAAGGACGUGCUAACCCUUUCGGAAUCCAAAUGCUUCCUGUCUUUCCUUCACUUUCUGCAUCUGAAGGAGAAGAGGAAGGGGAGGAAAGGGCAGUGAGGGGGCUUAGGGAGAACCCCCUCCAUCUUGGCUGACCCACCAUGCAACUCCCAAGUUAGAAAGUCUGCCCAUACCUGCCCUAAAUGUUUCAGAUCACAGUAGAAUGGAAUUGUCAUGGAAUGUAUGGCCAAACCGUGCUUUGGUGAUGAAUAGCAUGCUGCUUUGAAUGCAUCUGCACUCUUUCACCUUUCUUCUAUGAUUUGAGUUGCUGAUGUAUGAUCAGAAUGAGUGGAUUAGGGGAGAACUCCUUGGACAGCAUGACCAGUGAUUCAAGAAAACGCAAGCCAUUGCCCUGUGAUACCCCGGGACCAGGUUUAAUUUGCAGUGGUGAGAAACGUCGACGGGAGCAAGAAAGCAAAUAUAUUGAAGAGCUGGCUGAGCUGAUAUCUGCUAACCUGAGUGACAUUGAUAAUUUCAAUGUCAAGCCGGAUAAAUGUGCAAUUUUAAAGGAAACUGUUAGACAGAUACGACAAAUAAAGGAACAAGGAAAAACAGCUUCAGCUGAUGAUGAUGUUCAGAAAGCUGAUGUGUCUUCAACUGGUCAAGGUGUUAUUGAUAAAGAUUCAUUGGGACCUCUUCUGUUACAGGCAUUGGAUGGCUUCUUAUUUGUAGUCAAUCGAGAUGGGAACAUUGUAUUUGUAUCUGAAAAUGUCACUCAGUAUUUGCAAUAUAAACAAGAAGACUUGGUUAAUACAAGUGUUUACAGUAUUUUGCACGAGGAAGAUCGGAAGGAUUUCCUUAAAAAUUUACCAAAAUCUGCAGUGAAUGGAGUUUCUUGGACCAAUGAAGCACCUAGACAGAAGAGUCACACAUUUAAUUGCCGCAUGAUGGUGAAAACAGUACAUGAUCUUCUGGAAGAUGUAGGGAGCAACCAAGAUACACAUCAAAGAUUUGAAACCAUGCAGUGUUUUGCUUUAUCACAGCCAAGAGCUAUGUUAGAAGAAGGUGAAGAUUUGCAGUCUUGUAUGAUAUGUGUGGCACGUCGUAUCUCUGCGGUGGAAAGAGCAUUUUCACCAAAUACAGAAAGCUUUGUUACUAGGCAUGAUCUUUCAGGUAAACUUGUCAACAUAGAUACAAACUCUCUCAGGUCCAUGAAACCUGGAUGCGAAGAUACGAUCCGUCGUUGUAUUCAGAGAUUUUUAUGUCAAAAUGAAGGACAACCCUGGUCAAACAAACGCCAUUAUCAAGAAGCGUAUAUACAAGGCCACUCUGAAACUCCAUUCUAUCGGUUUUCCUUAGCAGAUGGAACAAUAGUGAUAGCACAGACAAAAAGUAAACUGUUUCGAAACCCAGUUACCAAUGACCGUCAUGGAUUUAUCUCCACUCACUUUCUUCAAAGAGAACAAAAUGGAUAUCGACCAAAUCCUGUUUCAAUGGGACAGAAUAUCAGAGCACCCACCACCGGGGGCACAAAUUCAGGUGGUGGUGUUAUGAAUAUGUUGCCUGGGCAAAACAUGCCUUUGCAGAACAGGACCUAUGGCAUGGGAGAUCCUAACUUGAUGGGGCAGAUGAGCAGUGCUAGAUAUGGUGGCCAUGGAAAUAUGGGAUCAGUGAACUCUGUGCCAGGAAUGCAGUCUUCUCCUUAUCAGGGUAACUAUGGAUUAAAUAUGAGCAGCCCACCACAUGGCAGCCCAGGCUUAAAUUCCGGUCAACAGAAUUUAAUGAUAUCUCCUAGAAAUCGUGGGAGUCCUAAAGUGAAUUCACACCAGUAUUCUCCUGUAACAGGUGUGCACUCUCCUAUGGGACCUGCCAGCAAUACUAGCAACAACUUCUCAAGCAGCUCACUUAGUGCUCUUCAGGCAAUUAGUGAGGGGGUUGGAACAUCUCUUCUGUCUACGCUUUCUUCACCGGGUCCCAGACUGGACAAUUCUCCAAAUAUGAAUGUUUCUCAACAAAGUAAAAUGGGUAAUCAGGACUCAAAGAGCCCUCCAGGCAUAUAUCCUGAGCAAAAUCAGGUGGAGAGCUCUAUGUGUCAAUCAAAUAGCAGGGACUCCCUUGGUAACAAGGAUAGCAAAGAGGAGAGUCUUGAAGGAUCUGAUCAAAGGGGUCCAGCUGAAAGCAAAGGUCAUAAAAAACUUCUUCAGUUACUCACUUGUUCGUCAGAGGACCGAGGACAUUCAACACUGUCAAACUCUCCCUUAGACUCUUCUUGCAAAGAAUCAUCUACCAAUGCUACAAGCCCUUCCUCUGGAGUUUCCUCUUCUACCUCUGGAGGGGUUUCUUCAUCAAACAUGCAAGAGAAGCACAGAAUUUUACAUAAGUUGCUACGGAAUGGUAAUUCUCCAGCAGAGGUAGCAAAAAUCACUGCUGAAGCUACUGGCAAAGAUACAUACCAUGAUAGCAAUACGGUUUCCUGUGGGGAAGGAAUGGUGAAACAGGAGCAAAUGAGUCCUAAAAAGAAAGAGAACCAUGCUCUGCUUAGAUACCUUCUUGACAAAGAUGAUGGAAAGGAUUCACUUUCAAAAGACAUUAAACCUAAAAUAGAAUGUUUAGAUAGCAAAAUGGGACAGUGCUGUAGUUCUGCUGUACCUACAUCAAGUCAAGAGAAAGAGAUGAAAAUAAAAACAGAACCCACAGAAGAGAUGAGUGGAGAUUUGGUGGACAAUUUAGAUGCAAUUUUGGGUGAUCUAACUAACUCAGAUUUUUGCAGUAAUCCUAUGUCUACAAAUGGGAGUAAUAUAGGAAAUAAGCAACCUUUAUGUCAAGGAACUGCACCACCAGGUAUGAGAAGUCCCCAGUCUGUACAGAACACCCGCCCUCCUUUCAACAGAGCCAUGUCUUUAGACAGCCCCAUGUCAGUGGGUUCAAGUGCACCAGUGAGGGGUGUCAAUGCAUUUUCCAUGUUGCAGAAGCAAAGCAUGAUGGGAGGUAGUCCAAGAAUGACUGAGAACCAGGAAAAUUUUGCCACUAAUAUGGGAGGAUCAAGCAGAAAUAUGCCCAUGAAUCAGCAUUCAGCAAGUGACUGGAGUGUACAAAACUCAAAAGUGAGCAGGAUGGAGCCUACAAGUGCUGGUUCAAUGACAAGACCAGGGGCAGACUGCAACCUUUCCCUUUCUAGAUCCUCAGUUGGCGGGUCCAUGCCUGGUUUGCCCAUGAGAUCCAAUAGUAUGCCUGGAACUAGAACCAUGCUCCAACAACAGAUGAUUCAUAUGAGACCAAAUGAGAUUAAUAUGAGCAUGGGUGGAAAUCCUUAUGUACACCCAGGACCAUCUAAUCAACCAAAUGCAUGGCCUGAGAGCAUGCUCUCUGUUGAGCAAGGUCCACGAGGUUCGCACAACAGGCAAUUAGUUAGAAAUUCCUUGGAUGACCUUUUAUAUCCUUCUCCAACUGUUGAUGGCCAAAGUGAUGAAAGAGCUCUUUUAGAUCAGCUACACACGCUGCUGAGUAGUACAGAUGUCACCAGUCUCGAAGAAAUCGAUCGAGCCUUAGGAAUUCCUGAUCUUGUAAAUCAAGGGCAAGCAUUGGAACCAAAACAAGAACCCUUUCAUGGGCAAGAACCCGCAGUAAUGAUUGAGCAGAAACCUCCAAUGUAUGGCCAGCCCUACCAGGGGCAGGGAGCAGCGAUGCCAGGAGGGUUUAGUAGCAUGCAGGGCCAACAGGCAGCGUUUAACUCCGUGAUGAAUCAGAUGAACCAACAGAGCAAUUUCCCAAUGCAAAAUAUGCAUCCCAGAGCAAAUGUAAUGAGACCAAGAACCAACACACCAAAGCAACUUCGCAUGCAGCUCCAACAGAGGCUUCAAGGGCAACAGUUUUUGAAUCAAACACGUCAGACACUUGAUAUCAAAAUGGAGAAUCCCAACCCGGGUAAUGCAUCAGUUAUGAGACCAGUUAUGCCUCCACAGAUGGGAUCACAACAACAGGGCUUCCUUAAUGCACAGAUGGUGGCCCAGCGAAAUAGGGAGCUAAUAAGUCACCACAUCAGACAGCAACGAAUGGCAAUGAUGAUGCAGCAACAGCAGCAACAGUCUCAGACCUUCAGUCCUCCCCCAAAUGUUACUGCCUCAGGAAGCAUGGAUGGUGCAGUCACAGGCCCUCCAAUGGCUCCAGUCCCACCCCAGCAGUUUUCAUACCCAUCAAAUUAUGGAAUGAACCAGCCACCAGAUCCUGCCUUCAGCAGGGUGUCCAGUCCUCCUAACCCCAUGAUGGCUCAAAGAAUGGGACCCUCGCAGAAUCCUAUGAUGCAGCAUCCUCAGGCGACACCAAUGUAUUCUUCUCCUGAGAUGAAGGGCUGGCCAUCAGGAAGUAUGGCCAGAAGCAGUUCCUUUCCACAGCAGCAGUUCAGUCAUCCUGGGAAUCCUGCAGCUUACAACAUGUUGCACAUGAACAGCAAUGGUGGUCACAUUGGGCAAAUGAAUAUUAAUACUAUGCCUAUGUCAGGAAUGCCCAUGGGCCCAGACCAGGUAAGAUUGCUCCUGAUAUUGGUUCUAAUAGGAGUUUUUAAAAGUACUUAGAAUUUUAAAGUGCCAUUUCAAGUGAAUGUUCACAAACACGUUUCAGCCUUUUCACAUUGUAUAGUUGUCUUUUUUCUUGCUGUACACUUUAUCUUAUUUCUCUUGGCAUUAGGAAAAAUCCUUUCACUCACCUUUAUCUCCUAACAACCACUGUUAAAAGAACUAUCACCCCAUCACCACAGGUUUGGCGUUUCUAUUACUAUCCACAUAUACACACAUUGUUUUCGUUGGUAUAAAUGUCUAUCCACAGGCACUUCACUCUGUGCAAUGGAUGAAGUAGACCCAAGUCUAGGACUUGGAGUAAUGAGUUCAAAUUACAGCAAAGGAUAUUCCACUUGAACAUUAGGAGAACUUCCUGGCCUUAAGAGCCAUUCAGCAGUAGAACAUUUUGCCUCGGAGUGUGGUGGAAGCUCCUCCUUUAGAGCUUUUAAACAGAGGCUGGGUGGUCAUCUGCCGGAGGUGCUUUGUGCUUUUUCUGUGUGGCAGGAGAUUGAAUUAUAUGACCUAUGUGGUCCAGAAGACAGGAGCAGAAUUCAAAAUGAUCUUAAGAGAUUAAAGAGAUGGGCCAAAACUAACAAAAUGAAGUUCAACAGAGACAAAUGCAGAUACUCCACUUAGGCAGAAAAAAAAUGAUAUGCAAACAUACAGAAAGGGGGAUGCCUGGCUCGACAGUCCUUGUGGACAACAAGUUAGACAUGAACCAACAAUGUGAUGUGGCAGCUAAAAAAGCCAAUGGGAUUUUGACCUACAUAAAUAGGAGCAUAGUGUCCAGAUGUUCACAGACACGUUUCUGCCUUUUCACAUUGUAUAGUUGUCCUUUUUCUUCCUGUUUCUAUGCUACCCCUCUAUUCUGCUUUGAUCAGAACACACCUGGAAUACUGUGUCCAAUUUUGGGCACGGCAAUUGAAGGGAGAUGUUGACAAGCUGUAAGGUGUCCAGAGGAGGGUGACUAAAAUAAUCAAGGGUCUGGAGAACAAGCUCAGUGAGGAGUGACUUAGAGAGCCGGGCAUGUUCAGCCUGCAGAAGAGAAAGCUGAGAGGAGACAUGAUGAGGGCCAUGUAUAAAUAUGUGAGGGGAAGUCAUAGGGAGGAGGGAGCAAGCUUGUUUUCUGCUACCCUGGAGGACUCAGAACAAUGGCUUCAAACCACAGGAAAGGAGAUUCCACCUGAACAUGAGGAAGAACUUCCUGACUGUGAGAGCUGUUCAGCAGUGGAACUCUCUGGCCUGGAGUAUGGUGGGGGCUCCUUCUUUGGAGGCUUUUAAACAGGCUGGAUGGCCAUCUGUUGGGGGUGCUUUGAAUGAGAUUUUCCUGCUUUUUGAUAGAGGGUUGGAAUGGAUGGCCCACGAGGUCUCCUCCAACUCUAUGAAUCUAUGAAUACUGAUUCAUGCUUUUGCUCCUUAAUCUUCAAUAUUAAAUGUUUGGUUUCCUAAGAAAAUGUGUGCCUCUUACGCUUGGUUUUUUGUUUUGUUUUUUCCCCUUUUGCUGCAGAAAUACUGCUGACACUUCCAACUGCAAUCUCCCAAUAGGCAGAUGUCAUACAUGGCAAGCUCAAAUAUUACAGAAAAGUCUGCGCAAACAUCACAGCAACUUUCUUCUAGCCUUCUGGAAUUGCCACAUCUUUUCCCAUGAAGGUGUCCCAAGUGACUUCAUAAUUAUGGACUUUUUGUGGGGGGGGGGGGGGGGGGGGGGGGUAGAAGCAUAGUAUCACUUUGUUGUGUUAAAAACAACAACCAAGGUCAGAUAUAAUUUUGGCACGCUGCCUCUAGCACCAUGAGAUUGGUAAUGGCAUUUGAGUAAAUGUGAUGGGUAGACCCUUGAAUACCGCUUCUGUUUACUGUAGCUAUCCAAAGCCCUUAACUACAGGCAGACCAAAGUGCCUGAAGAAGCCUGGACAAUAGUCUUGAGUACUAGAGCCUCUGACAGAAUGUAGUUCCUGGCCUUGAUUUAAAAAACGGAACAGGAUGCUGAACCUUUGUGCUGCUGUGAAUCCUGCUCCCACAUGUUCUGAUCUUCUAGUGGCAAUAACCAAGGAGCCACCACAUCCUCCGACUCCUGCUCUUUGUUGCCAAAGGGCUAUGGGGAGAUUAAAUACAUAUAAUCAUGAUAAUGAUUUCCAUGAUGAUGUGCAGCUUUGUGCACUUUAUAAAAUGCUGUACGAGCGGGGUCAAUGCAAUACCUUUAAUAAUAAAGAAUGGAUAUAAAAAUAAUCAAAUUCAUGCCCUCUUUCAAGAUCGGUUUAAAUUAUUACAUAAUGAUUUUCUGUUACGGAAAUCAGAGCAAUAAUUCUACUUUUUAAAUUAAAUUUCAUAAAAGUCAAGGCAAGGCAUUGCAAUUUGAAGAGAAAAUCUCCUUGUGAAUAUUUUGUAUAUAUGAUCUUAAGAUGUUGUAUUAUAUAUAUAUGACUUUUGUAGGCCACUAACUCAUUUUUGAAGAGUUUGUGAAGCUAAAUAUUUAACAAAGAUAAUUUCUGUAAACUCGGUUUAGUCAAAGUUGUCCAAAUAGGGGUGUUUUUUUUUUAUUUAAAUGGUUUUGGACUUGGGUGACUGUGGCCCUUAUCCUCUUUUUAUUGGUUUCUGACAAUUUAUUUAGAUCUUUUAUGUACUGGCUUUUAAAAAGACUAUUUGUUUAUAUUUUAGUGGUCUUUUAAUACUUUCUCUACACCUUAAGUGUGCACUUUGUUACUUUUCUUAUAGAGAGCAAUUUGAUGACAAAAAUACUCUUUUUAGCUGUCAUAAGAGUCUGUGGAAUUUUUAAUAUAAUUCUCUUUUCAAGGAAAGGGGCCUCUGCUCUAAGACAUUUGGUCAACUUUUAAUGAAACCUCAGUGUUUUGUGUGUGUGUAUGUAUGUGUGUGUUAAAUGUCUUCUAUCAUCAGGGAGCACAUCUGGUGAUACAUAAAUAUCCAAUUGUGUGUGGCAAUUAACAAGAUGUAUCACAAUUAAUUGCUAUACUGAUAACAAAUAUAUUUAUUUUCUAAAUAGUUUUGUUCAUUUCAUAUUCUAGUUGAGAGGUCAGAAUCCCCAUAAUUUUCUGUCAAAUGAAGAUAUAUUGAUUCUUGUCUUCUUUUCCAACCCCAAAAACCAUUGUAGAAAGGCAGGCCAGAAUUUCUGAAAGCAGUGUGAUGUUUGCUAUUUUACCUCCUUCCAUUGCAGAUUCAAUCUGAUUUGCUCUUGAAUAAGGAAAUUGGUGAUUUAUUUGAUUCAUAAUUGUAGUUCAGCUUCAUUUUGCAAAAGCUAUUUUUUGUAAGGGACAGAAUUAUUUAAUUCUGAAGUUAUUUCCCUGCAAAGCUGCUAGUACCUGAACACAGAUUUUCAUGUUUGCCUGUUCUGCAUGAUCCACUCAGCGAUUGAAUUUAGUUUCAGUAAAGUUGUACUUCAAAUAUUUGGGCUGCGACCCAGAAUUCUGCGUGUUCUGAUGUGCUCAUGUAUCCACGAAAUUCCUUGUCCUUUAAUUUCUUUUAUGUAUCUUUUUGUGUGUAGAUUACAUAUUGUUCAGUGGAUUUUAAAACGGUAACCUGCUUUGAAUGCAUACUCCUCAUGUGUAUCACUUCAUGGAUGUGCAAUGGUCCCAACUUUAAAGUCAAUAUGGAAAUAGGUUGUACACCUGCACAUUGGAGCCUUUGUGCAGAUGUGGUGCCUCUUGAUUUGGGCAUUUUUUAAGACUUCAGAAACCACCUUCUGAGUAUACCAGGGCAAAGUCAUGGUAAGACUCUAGAUUCUAUCAACUGAGACAAGAUUUUGUUUUCACUUUUAUGUAUAUUGACAAUAAGCUCUGGUUUGCUUUGGAGAAUUGUUAAAAUAUGUGUUGCUGUUUCCUUUUCAUUUUGAGUUACUCUCUUUGCAUUGUAGAAGUGUCGUGGUCCCUGCGGUUCACUGGUGGAUCUUCUCCAUUAUGUUUUUCCCAGUUGCUAUGUUUUGCUGAUUCCAAAGAUAGUUGAAACUUGAUAAAGGAAAAUUAACCACAUCUUUUAAAAAUUGCGACUACUAGUUUGAAUUGGCUUUGUCUGGAAUACUCCAAGCACUGGUGAUUAAAAUGAUCAUAUCUGGAAUCAAAAAUGAACAAUUAAAAAUAGAUUUCUGUUGCAGCACAAUCGGUCUAGUAACAGGACUGUUCAUCAUAUGAUGUGUGGAUUAGCCAAAUGGCACACCAAACAUGGCUGAAUGUGACAAUAAGCUUAGUUUGGUGUUGGUGCCUUCUGAACUCAUUGUCUUUGUAGUAAGCUUAUUCUUAGCACAUCAUUGAAACUUUGGAAAAUGUUUGUGUGUCAUGAUGUAUAAACAUUUUCUAUCUUUGUGCUUUUACUUUAGUGAACAAUUUUUCAGCUGUAACAAACCAUUUGAAUGUUGCACAAGUUAGCACACAGAAUUUAGUAGCAGACUGUCACAUGACAGCAAUUCAGCAAAUAUGAAACCAUUCAACUGAGAGCAAUAUUUCCUAAUCUCAGGAGAAAGGCAUACAGUAUUGAGAAUUGAUUCUAAAGUUAGUUUACAUUGAAUAUUGCUUGUAAUAAUUGAUCUUUACAUCACAAAAGCCCUCUGUGUGGGCUGACAUUAAAAAAAAGGGUUGGUCGUGUGGUCUUUUUUUCUGGGCUUUUUUGUUUUGUUUGGAUGUUAAUAAUGUAAAUAAAGGUUUCUAUUUGAAACUGAA